AAAAAUAAUCUAUAAAUGAAAAUAGUUCCAAUAUUGAUCCGAAUAGGCAUUUGAAAAGGCGGGAAGUGGCGCCACUAUUCUUCGCAACCAGUCGAGAGGCGGACACGGCAGUGUCUUGAGAGAAAGUAAAUUCUCAGGAUUUAAAUGGAGCGGACUCUCAAGAAAUUUCUCGGAACAAAGCACGUAUUCUCCUCUUCAAAGCAUAUCACCAGUCCUUACAUAUCACCAUUUUCACACGUACUACUGUAGCAUAUAUCUGCUUCUUUCAAACAAAAUAUUUUGGAUACUCCUCUUUUCGACCUUAUCAAAAAGAAAUCAUACAAGAAAUACUAAAAGGAAGAGAUGCUCUCGUUAUUAUGGCUACUGGAAGUGGGAAAUCUUUAUGCUAUCAGAUGCCUGCAUUAUUGACCGGUAAGACUGCUCUAGUAAUCAGCCCCCUGAUAAGCCUCAUGCAAGAUCAGGUAAUGAGUCUGCAACAAAAAGACAUAAAAGCCCAGCAUUUGUCUAGUGCCCAAACUAGUUAUAAUGCGAUUGAAAAUACUGAGAAAGGAGAGUUUGACAUUGUCUAUAUGACCCCAGAGAGGGCUUGCUCUUUGUCGACUAGAUUUUGGUCUAGAAUGAUGGAGAAGGGGGUUUCACUAUUGGCUAUUGAUGAGGCCCAUUGCAUCUCUGAGUGGGGUCAUGAUUUUAGACAAGAGUACAAGGAAUUGAAUAAACUGCGCAACUUUCUUCCACAAGUGCCAUUUGUUGCCUUAACUGCAACAGCCACUGAGAGAGUUCGACUUGAUAUUAUGCAGUCUUUAAAGCUUAUAAAUCCUUAUAGGGUGAUAAGUUCUUUUGAUCGUCCGAAUCUUUAUUAUGGUGUGAAAACAUUUAAUCGGUCAGCAGCCUUUAGAGAGGAAUUGGCCAGUGAAAUUGCAAAGGAUGUCAAGGGAGGUGGAUCAACCAUUGUGUACUGUACAACAAUCAAGGAUACAGAAGAGGUUUUUGAGUCUAUAAAGCUUGCAGGCAUAGAAGCAGGUCACUAUCAUGGUCAAAUGUCAAACAAGGCUCGAGAAUCUGUGCACAGAUCUUUUAUCAAAGAUGAGCUACAAGUUAUGGUGGCAACUGUUGCUUUUGGGAUGGGCAUUGAUAAGCCAAACAUAAGGCGAGUAAUACACUAUGGAUGUCCAAAAAGUCUAGAAACUUAUUACCAAGAAAGUGGUAGAUGUGGUAGAGAUGGGUUACCUUCCAAGUGCUGGUUGUACUACAAACGUGGUGAUGCUGGAAGGGUAGAUUUUUACUUGUCGGAAGUUCACACUGAAGAAAGGCGAAAGAUUGUGAUGGAGUGCUUUACAGCAGCACAGAAAUAUUGUAACGCUAUGAUAUGUCGGAGGAAAUAUAUUUUGGAAUAUUUUGGCGAGAAAGUUGCUUUUGACAAUUGUGGAAAUUGUGACAACUGUACAAACUCAGGAUCUGUUGAGCAACGAGACAUGUCAAGGGAAGCUUACCUGUUACUUGCUUCUAUCCAAUCUUGUGGGGGUUGGUGGGGCCUUAACGUUCCAAUUGAUGUUCUUCGUGGGGCACGAACAAAAAAAAUACUAGAGAAGCAUUACGAUACGCUUCCAGUACAUGGCCUGGGUAAACAUCAUUCUGCAAACUGGUGGAAGGCACUUGGAGACCAGUUAAUUGGUCUUGGUUACUUAACUGAGAAACUGAAUGAUGUAUUCAGGAUUGUUAGUGUUAGCCAUCAAGGUCAAGGUUUUCUUCGGUUGGCUAGUAAUGUGACUCAGCCCCCACUUAUAUUACCAGUUUCGCAUGAGAUGCUUUUUGAGGAAAGUCAAAAGAGUGGAUUUAAAAUAAAGAAAAUAGAUGGUGAGCUGGAGAGUUUAUCUACCUUUGAAGGUCAACAGUUUUCAGAGACGGAAGUGAAACUUUACAAUCUUCUUUUAGGAUUCAGGGCUGAGCUUGCACGAAGUGAAUCUACAGCUCCAUAUGCAAUUUGUAGUGAACAGACGCUCCAAAAAUUAUCAAAGCUUCGACCGUCUACUAAAGCUAGGCUGGGUAACAUUGAUGGUGUUAAUCAGCACCUCCUAAUGAGGCAUGGUGAUCGCAUCCUUCAAACUGUAAAACAGUUCUCAGAAAGUCUAGAGCUUCAUUUGGAUGGGGAGCUCCCGGUGCAACCAAGUAUUUCAAGGGUAGCUACUAGCAUAAAAGAAUGCAGUGUUAGCCCUGCGAAGAUGGAAGCUUGGAAGAUGUGGCAGGAGGGUGGUCUUUCUUUUUCUCAGAUUGCUAACUUGCCUGAGAGGCCUGCUCCUGUCAAAGACUCAACAAUCAUUGAGUAUAUACUUGAAGUUGCAAAGGCGGGAUAUGAGAUAAACUGGAUGCGCUUUUUCAAAGAAACUGGAUUUACUCACAAAAUUGCAAAAGAAAUUCGAGUUGGCAUUGACAAGGCAGGUUCCAAAGAGAAGUUAAAGCCUAUAAAAGAGCAAAUACCAGAAUUUGUAAGCUACACUCAUAUCAAAACAUAUUUGAUUAUCGAAGACCUUGGAUUAUCUAUUGAUGAGAUGAUGGCCAUGCAAUCAUCACAAGAUGAGGAUGUCAAUUGCUCAAAAUGUUCUCCUUCAGUAUUGCAAGCUGGUUCUGAAAGCAUGCCUCUAUGUCCAGAAGAGGAUGAUCUGAUUCAAGUAUCAAGUCCAUCUAAUGAAGAUUCUUUUGCGAAACCUCCAUGGCUUGCAAGUGAUGGAAGAGCAAGCACUCGCAGAAGAAAAAUUGAAGUCAUAGAUAUGCUUUCUGUUGAAAGCCCUACUAAGAAACAUGGUUCAGAAUCUGUCAACAAAUCUCAUAUGGACGUUCAGCCUUUGCAAAUUACAGAAGCUAGUUUGUUAUCCUGGCUUAGUGAAUGUGAUGGGGCUUCGCUCCCCCAAACCUUGGAGCAUUUUCCUGGAUCCAGCAAGGAUUGUAUUGUUGAACUGCUAUCACAACUAGAGAGUGAAUUUUUAAUAUAUAACAAAAAUAAUAUUUACAAAGUCAUGUAAUUAGAAUUGUCUUUAUUCAUUCCGAAUACAAACUGCAGUGUAUUUAAGGUUAUUGAUUUUUUUUGACCCAUUUGUUGUUUGGGAGGUUUCAUUUAACUCUUACACUAAAAUAUUUUAGGCAUGAUUGUGCUGCUUCUGUAAAUAUGACUUGGAAAUGCUAAUCAGCAUGUUCAGAAAUCAUCCAGAUAGCAGUUAUUUAUGACAGGUCCAUACUGUUUUGUAAAUUUUGUAUGGACUUGCACAUUCAAGAGUUUGUGUACCUAUUCUAAAAAGGCAUGCUAUUUUGGAGCUAAUCAGGAAUGAGGUUUAUUUAAA